CGUUUUGUUAGCUCCUAAACCACUCUCUCUCUCUCUCUCUCUCUCUCUCUCUCUCUCUCUCUCUCUCUCUCUGCCCUGCUUUUGUCGUCGGCCUCCAGCUGGCCUUUUCGUUGCCGUCCCGAUUUUAGCAUCAUCAUCAUCGAAUCGCUGUUGAGGACGAAGAGGCGGAGGCGGAGGAGGAGGAGGAGGAGGAGGAGGAGGAAAAGAACGAAAGGAGAGGCCUCUCUCUCUCUCUCUCUCUCUCUCUCUCUCUCUCUCUCUCUCUCUCUCUCUCUCUCUCUCUCUCUCUCUUGCGUUCCGUGAAGGUGAUCGCUAUCUUCCUCGUCUUGUCACAUUCCUUUUCCUCCCCUUCUGCAGCGCCUGUUGUCUUCGCCUGCCCGACAAACGACCCACGAAACUUCCGUCCUCUUUCUUCCGCUGAUGACUCACAUCUUCGUCGCCAUCGCCGACUCGAUCUUUCUCAUCCCAGAUAGCGUAAAUAGCGUAAAUACGAAGAACACGAAGGCGAAGGAGUGGUGGUACUAGUAAUAGAAGAAGAAGAAAGAGAAGAAGAAGAAGAAGAGAGGAAGAAGAAGACGAAGAAGAAGAAGAAGAAGAAGAAGAAGAAGAGGUAGAAUUGAGGGGAAGGAAAGGAAGAAGUAGAAGAAGAAGAAGAAGAAGAAGAAGAAGAAGAAGAAGAAGUGAAGAAUUGAGGGGAAGGAAAGGAAGAAGUAGAAGAAGAAGAAGAAGAAGAAGAAGAAGAAGGGAGGAAGUAGAGGAAGGAGAGUAAGGAGAGGACGAGGGGAGGGCAAGUGUAUCAGUUGUAAUAGGGACGGAGCAGUUCAUAGGGUUAGACGAAGAUUUGGCGCGUGGAGAUUUAGCGGGUAAAGUUUUGGCGCGCACUGGCAGAUUUGGCGGGUACAUUCAGAGAUUUGGCGGGUACAGUUUUGGCGCGCACUGGCAGAUUUGGCGGGUACAUUCAGAGAUUUGGCGGUUGUUGAAAGCGCCGGAGUUCUUGGCCGGUUACGAAAGCGGGAGGGAGGAUUUGGCGGGAACGACCGCCAGAGAGCCCUUCGCAGACACAUUAUUUUCAUCGGAGAGGCGAAGAGAGCAGAAGGAGGUUUUGGCGGGAAGCGAGAUGACUCGCAAGAGCGCCAAGUGUCAGCAUCAUCCGCCUCGGUCGAGUGAUUCCAGCGGCCACCAAGAUGUGUCGACUCCUGCUCCCUCUGGGAUCAUGGGAGGAGCUGCUGGUACUGACAGUUAUUGGCCUGAGCUGCGCAGGGAGGGAUUGACGAAGAUGGAGAUCAAAGUUUUGAAGAAGGAGGCGAUGGAGCGGCACUGGGCCGCGGAGGAGGUAGUCGCCAUCGCCAACAGCAAGAGAGAUCUACUUGUCGAUUUUCCCGCGCCUUUCAAGUUUGAGCAGAACGGUCUUGAUCUUGAAGUAGAAUUCCUCACUGGGGACCAAUUAACGCCAUCGCUGAAGGACUUCAUCACGCGUCUUCUGAAAGAGAACAUGAUGUACGCUUACGGCCAGGAAUGGGUGACAGAGGCAAGGAAGAAGAGGAAGGAGAUGGUGGACAAGAACGCGAGGUACAUCUUCUUGCGCCAUCGACGUGGCAGCAGCAACGAUUGCAACGUAUCCAGCAGUUCGGCUUCCUCUUCGCCUUCUCCUGUCGUCGGCAUUCCCGAGGCGGCGGCCAUCGCCAAGAAGGACGAGCCGCCCUCCACUGCGAUGGAAAGCUGCCACGUGUCAAGCAAGAAGCAGACGGAUCUUGGGGGAGAGGCUGAGACCAAGAAGGUGGGUGGUGAUGAAGGAGGAGGAGGAGGAGGAGGAGGAGAUAUGCCCCCCUCCUCGGACUUUACGAAGACGAUGACAGAAGAGAAGCAGACAGAGGAGAAAAAAGAAGCAGAAGUAGGAGCAGCAGCAGAGGAAGGAGAAGGAGAAGGAGAAGGAGAAGGGAGGGUGUUGUUUGAUCCCCCCCCCUCGCCGACAAAGGCGGCCAUGUCCGAGCAUUCCUGGCCUGCCACGUCAGCAGAAGACGAGAAAAAACGGCUUGCCUCCUCCUCCUCCUCUAAGCAGCCCGAUGUGGAGGGAGUCGUCGCCUUUGUUCAUUUCCGCUUCGUCAUGGAGGAGGAUGUGGAGGUGUUGUAUGUGUACGAGCUGCAGCUGGUCCCCGAAAUUAGGCGUAAAGGGGUGGGUCAGUUCUUGAUGGAAAUCAUGGAGCAGAUGGCGAGGAAAAAUAACAUGAGGGGGGUGAUGCUGACGGUGCAGAAAAAAAACACCUUCGCUUGGGAAUUUUACACCCAAAAAAUGGGCUAUUCAACGGACCCUAUUUCGCCCAGCCAAGUGGAUCCCUACGCUGAGCCAGAAACAUACUCGUAUGAAAUUUUGUCCAAAGUGUUCGAUCCCGAAGCAAGACGACAUCUUGAAGACGUAGCAAGAGCUGCGCGAGACGCCAUGGCGGCCGCGGAGAUACCGGUUUAGAGAGGAGGGGAGGGGGGAAAAAAAAAGAAAAAAAGAAGUGAUGGAAAAAGAAAAAGGGAAAAAAAGAAGAAGAAGAAGAAGAAAAAAAUAACGGCAUGAAGGAAAAGAAGGUAUUUGAUAAAAAAGAAAAAAAAGAAGGUAGCAAGGAAAUUUCUUUUGGGGGUGGCGGGGUGGGGGUGGAUGGUUCUUUUGUGAGAAAGUUUAGAUUCUUGGGUUUUUUUUUUUUUUUUUUUUUUUUUUAAAAGGGAAUUUUUUUUUUUUUUGACUAAAAAAUGAAGAAUUAGAAUAUGGUGGGAGAAGGAGAGAAACUCGGAUUUUAUGAUGAUUAGACGUAGACUUGCAGAAUAAUAGUUGUAAUUCAAUUCUUAAUUAAUAUUGAUAAUUGGAGUAGGACGACUAGGUACAUUCGUUGUUUUUUUUUUUUUUUUUUUUUUCCUUAAAAAGGAUUUGAAAUACUUCUCCUUUCUUUUUAGGUAGAGGAAUUCAAUUACGUUUUUUUUCCCCCCUUAAUUCUAUCGAAAUGGUUUAUCGGUUUUAGAGCGUAAUUAGAAUACUGACGAGGAAUUGCAAAAAAAAAAAAAAAAAAAAAAAAAAACUGACAAGGAUUGGGAUUGAUUCGUAAUUAGUGGUUAAAAAAGAAGCGUGUGUGGAUGGUGGUUACCGUAAUUACUAAUUAAUUAAUUAAUUAGUUAGUUAAUUAAUUAGUUAAUUAAUUGGUUGAAACGGGUAUUCUGAGACGAAGGGUGUAUUCACACUACUCUUCCUUCUAGGCUGAAUGUGGCCUUAAUCGCGCUUAGAUGCAAUAUGGAAAGUCCUGGUCUAUGGUCGAAUUUCUGGGCCAUACACAGGAGUGUGUCUCUGACAUGAUGCCUCGAUUUCCUAACUUUUUUUUUUUUUUUUUUUUUGCAAGCCGGGAAAGAGGCCCGACGUC